AGCAGUAGGUUAGGCUAUGGCGUUUCAGAUAUCCAAACUUACAGCUCGCUUUUCACUGCUAAAAAACUUUGGUUUGAGUACUAUAGCGGAACACAAGUGUCCACGCAGCCUGAUACACCCCAGCAAACUCACAAAGCACCGGCCGGGCCGCUCGUUUCAUGCCGUGGUCCGUAGUGGCGAAGGCUCACCAGCUACCACAACACCGAGUCCCCGGAGCUCGGAGCGAGUUCUAAAUAUAGUGAAACGAGCGGCGAGGUUUUCGGCCACCUCUGCGACCUCAGAGUCGUUCGAGUGGCAGGGCCGUCGGGCUCUUAGAAAGGGCGCCUCCCUCCGCCGCGCAACCGCCGUCUUUGUCGGGGCGCUCGGUGUGUCCGCCGCCGUCAGUGCCACCUUGCACUCGAGUGCACUGUGUGCUAUGGCCUCCAGGACGGCUUUAAAUCUGGACUCCGAUAAUACUGACUGGGAAGAAGCAAAAAGGCUUCUUCUGUCCAUGAACCUGCAGGAGAGGAGAGGGAUGUACAGGACUGACUACAUCCCCCUGGACCAGAUUCCUGUGUGGAAGCACCCAGGUGCUGCCUCUGCUGAACCUAUUUACAAGGCAAACGAUGAACUAAAUCGGAAGAUCUCUGUCUUCCGAGGUGACAUCACCAAACUGGAGAUAGAUGCGAUUGCCAAUGCAGCCAACAAGACCCUGCUGGGCGGAGGAGGGGUGGACGGAGCCAUUCAUCGCGGCGCAGGACCUCUGCUGAAGAGAGAAUGUUCCACUCUGGGAGGGUGCGAAACGGGGGAGGCCAAGAUAACCGGCGCCUACGGCCUGCCAGCGAAAUAUGUGAUUCACACUGUGGGGCCAAUUGCUCAUGGCUCAGUGGGUGAGGGAGAGAGGCGAGCACUCCGAGAAUGCUAUUAUAACUGCCUGCACACAGCCACUAAGAACCGGCUACGUACAGUGGCUUUUCCCUGCAUUUCCACCGGAGUGUAUGGAUACCCACCUGAGCAAGCAGUGGAAGUGGCUCUGAAAACAGUGAGAGAAUACUUGGAGGAACACCACGCACAGAUGGACCGGGUCAUCUUCUGCGUGUUCCUCAAGGCAGAUGAGGAGCUAUACAGGAAUAGACUGCCUGCGUACUUCCCACAAGCCUGCUGACCAAUCAGAGUGCCCGUUCUGAGCACAGGCGCGUCUCUGAAGAGCAAAUUAUGAGUGGACGGAACCGCAGUGGACGCCCGAGCUCUGGCCGUUCCCGUCCCUUGCUGUUCCUCCCUGCCCCUCAGGCAGACCCGAUUCCCUGCGUCUCCACCUGCUGAUUGAUUGAUUUCUCCCCCGCCCCCUUUUUUUUUUUUUUUUUUUUUUUUUUUCUUCUUUUUUUGUGAGCAUAUGUGUCAGGCUUUGUUUAAGUUCUCCUGAUGGCUGGAUUUUCACUGGAUUCCACUUGGGAUGCUCAGCGCGGCCCGUGUGAGCAACGCGAGGAACCCAGGAAGGCCAGUGUUUCGCUUCUCUGCGGUAGCUGGUGUCCAAAUUCUGCCUAUUCAAAUCUCAGUGCGGAACAACGGGUUUUUACAAGGUUUAUUCAUUGCACUGUCUCAAAGGUACAAUUAGCAAAUUUUAUGGUAUCACCAUGGAUACGCACGCCCUCAUUUUGAAUUACUGUAAUGGAGUUUAAAGUGAAAUGUGAAUGUAACUCGCACAGCCCAUCAUAAUACCAGGAAUGAGUUUAAAAUGGAAUCGGCCGUAGAGUAACCCACUCAUUGCAGUUCUGUAGGGGCCAAUGCCUGUAACGCUUAACCUACAAUAGAUUUGCACUGUUUCUCCUCUUCCAGUGUACUUUAUGUCACUCGCUAUGAUGAAGGAUCCUCAUUAAAGCCCAUUCCUCCUGCUGAAUCAACAGCCAGUCUUGCUUAGCACGACUUUCAUUAAUAACGCACUGAACCUCGGAGGCAGCAGGAAGCGAUGCCGUGUAGUGCAGUGGAACGCUUAGCGGCACACCAGUCAAAUGGAAAUAUUGAUUUUAAAUCAGUGCUGUAAUGCUGAUUAUCAAUACGAUAAUGACUGAAUCAAUUCCAUAAUGUUGAUGAUGACUGUAAAGCCGGCCAAUCUCAGGAGAGGGCCACGCUCCUAAUGUGCUGCUUUAUGUCUUCACGUCAUUGUCUCCCACUACAAUCCCUCACUUAGAGGUUUUCUAAAUGGCGCACACUUCAUCUCUCCCAGCUCCACUCCUUCUGUCCGCCUCCCCCGAGGAGGUAACGAGCAAAUGAUAGGCAGUGGAGGGAGUGGAGGAGGAGGAGGAGGAAGAGGGGGUGAGAGGAAGAGUCUGAUGAACUCAUCUGUAGCCAUGUUCAUUUUUUAAUAAGGAGUGGGCAGCUCAGAUACUGUCAUCAGAUGAGACGUGUGUAAUGAGAGAACUGAGGAAGAAUGGGCAGGAGAGAGUGAGGGAGUGAAAACGAGAGAGAGAGAGAAAGCACCGCAGAGUAAUUAUCUUAAAUCGAGACUUCAUCCCUGUCCCAUCAGCUUUCUCGUUUCCUCCCUCAUGUAUCUCUCUCUCUCUCUCUCUCUCUCUCUCUCUCGCUCUCUUUCAAUCUAUAUAGCGCUUUCUGAAGUGCUGUUUAAUUUGCACUAUUGGCGCGCUAAAUGCCGGCAUGGUAGCUACUGAAAUAGUAACUCCUCACUGGAGACGAGAUGCUUUGGACUGCAUGCCAGCAAUGCCGCCAUGGUGACGUACUACUCAGAGAGGGGGAGAGCGAGAGCGAGAGACUGGAUCUUCCUUUUUUUGUUUAACCUGAUCCCUCGUCCCUGUCCCCAUGCCAGCACCGCUCCUGUUCAGUCGUCUCAUCUCUUUCCGUGUCGGAAAGUCGCGCUCCCUUUCGCCGCCUUGCCUUUGCGUUCCGUCUCCUCCUCAAGCUCUGAGAGGAUAGGCGAGCGCUGAAGGUUAUGGUCGGUCAACUCCUUUGCUCCCUCUCCCUCUUUGUCUCGCCGUCUCUCUGUCCCGCUGCCUCGGUCCAGUAGUUUCCCUUUCGUCUAAAUCAGAUAUCUCGAGCUUCGGUCCUGGAGUGUGCCACGGUGCUCGCCUCAGUUCACGUAGGGUCUGAUAAUUAGCCGACGAGUUGAAUCGGGUGCGUCAUAGCAGGGAACCGUCGGGGUGUGCAGUGCCAUGGACCUCCAGCACGCGGAGGGGUCAGAGGCCUACGGUACAGGGAGCGGAAAAGAAGCCUACUGAGUCGGGCUCUGGGAAGCCAUGGGUGUGGGUGGGCAUUGGUGUUUGGGGUGGGGCAUAACGUUGUAGGUUAAGUUGGUGAUGUUUAUGGAUGCCGAUUGGCCGGGAGGGAGUGAAUGAAAUGAAAGUGGCUCUUCAGCAGAAGCCAGGACGCUCUGCUGCCCCUCCCAAUCAGUGUGUUGAUUUACUACCUGAAAGCCUGUCAAACCGAGAGAAGUGAGGAGGGUGUGGGGUUUGACAGGGUGGAGGAGAGAUGGAGGUAGGAGGUUAUUCCUAAUACCCCCGCCCCCCCCCCAGCUCCUCUGACCCAAAAUAAUGUCAAAAUUGUGAUUCAAGUGUAGCAUUGAGACAAGUAAGUAGUCUGCACCUAAAACCUCAUAAAAGCUUGUUCUUCUUGAAGCCUUCCAUUGUUUUGUUCAGUAGUAAUGCGUCUGCCUCUGAGCUGUAUGAGAACCUUAUGAGUGGUAUGAGAGCCGUGAGUAAUUUCAUUUUGCCGGUGUGCAUGAAGUGCUGCUGUCUAGCUAUCGGUGCCCUGUGUAGUCUGCAUGCUGUGUUUCUCACACUGUAUUGUGUCUACUGAAAUAUUAACCAUGUUUACUUCAGGGUAGGGAAGCAUGCCUGGGACAAAGAGCAAUAUAGAAUCUCAGCUUCUCAUUUUCUCCCUGUCUGACUCUCACCCACACAAACACGUAUGUACAUCUUUAUCAAAAUCCUUCACAAGUCUCCAAAUCUUCUCAUCUUGGAUCAGAAUGACAUGUUCCCGCCAAAUAAUAUUCACAAAAGUCAAAGGAAUAAUGCCAUCAAAGCCAUCCCCCAUUUACUAGAGAAUUAAAAUGAAAGAACUGGAAAAAAAAUGUAUCUUUGCUGUUUUCAUUGUCCUGCUUUGUUUUUGUUUUUUGUUUUUUUUUAUGUGCGUACAUUAAAUCAUUGUAUAGCAUAUUACUCUAUACUCAGAAAAGCAUGGAGUGUCAGUUAUAUAUGAUGUGUGCUUCUUGUCAUAAAACUGCAGUAUCUUACCAACUUAAUUAAACGCUUGUUAUUCAGA